CGCAAAGAGCCGCCGCCCCGGGACCCGCCUUCUCCCGCCGCUCUCAAAAGCCCCCGAGCGGCGGCCGCCGCAGCGCCGCGCCCGCAGCACCGCCCGGCCCAGCCGCAGGAUGCCGAACUGGGGUGGAGGGAAGAAGUGUGGCGUGUGCCAGAAGGCAGUGUACUUCGCUGAGGAGGUGCAGUGUGAAGGCAACAGCUUCCACAAGUCCUGUUUCUUGUGCAUGGUCUGUAAGAAGAACUUGGACAGCACCACUGUUGCUGUGCAUGGAGAAGAGAUCUACUGCAAGUCCUGCUAUGGCAAGAAGUACGGUCCCAAGGGCUACGGAUAUGGACAAGGAGCAGGGACCCUGAGCACUGACAAGGGCGAGUCUCUGGGAAUCAAAUAUGAAGAGGGACAGCCCCACCGACCCACCAACAAUCCUAACUUCUCUGGAAUGGCCCAGAAAGUAGGAGGUUCUGAUGGGUGUCCUCGCUGUGGCCAAGCAGUGUAUGCAGCUGAGAAGGUGAUUGGAGCUGGAAAGUCCUGGCACAAGUCCUGUUUCCGUUGUGCCAAAUGUGGCAAAAGCCUGGAAUCCACCACCCUGGCAGACAAAGAUGGGGAGAUCUAUUGCAAAGGCUGCUACGCCAAGAACUUCGGGCCCAAGGGCUUUGGCUUUGGGCAGGGAGCUGGGGCACUCAUCCAUUCGCAGUGAGGCACCCAGGGCCCAGCACUCCACUCACACUGGGCUUCUCCGGACCAGUCUUUACCACCUGACCCUUUCCACGCUCGCAGUGAGCACCCUUAUAGUAAUCAGUAACCACCUGCUACUUCACAGCACAAAUUCAUUCCUCUCUGCCCUGACCCAGCACACUCUGGGGGUCCCUCCAUCAGUCUCAGCAGGCCCUGCUGGUACAAAUACAGAUGGGAGACACAUCUCACAGAUGCACGCAGUGAGCCUAUCCUCCAAAAAUGUUCUACUCAAUAUUAUCCAUGAAGGCACCUUCAUCCUGCCAGGAUGUGCAUGCAGCCAUGCAGUGCUGUGUCACAGAGCAAGUAAUAAACAUCAAAGCUGACCAAAGCCUGAACUUACCAGAGAGAUUAUUCCUUGUCUGGGACUGAAGAGAUCCACUGACUGACCUGAGCAGGAGGCACAGAUGAGAGUGCAAACAGGAAUGUUGGUAAUCAUGGCUUGUAAUUAAAGCACAAAUGCACGGACUGCCCAGUAUGACUUGUUAUAGCCCAGCUGUGGUCAGUUGAGCUCUGCUAGUUUGUACCAGCUGGACCUGUCUCUUCUCCCAUCCCAAAGGUGGGUCACCAUUGCAAAAGCAGCCUGGUCCUGGGAGGCCUAGAACAGAUCUUGUGUGUGUCAGUGACACAACAUGUGUGUACACCACAUCAAAAUUCCUAUCGGUGCUGUUACAUGGCGCUGCUCCAAAAAAGGCAUGCCAAGCACUGCUGAAUAAUUUAGGAAUUUUUCACCUACUCUCUUGUUUAAAAGCACCGUUAACCCAUGAGUUUAGAAACAUCCUAGCUUAAUUUGUCUUCAUCACCUUCUGUGAUUCUCUUGUAUAACCAGUGUGGGAUACUCACAAGAUCAGCUUCACUGUUGCUUGGAGUUGAUAUCCUGCUUUGGCUUGCAAACUCCACAGGGAAAUUUUGUCCUUUUAAAGCAUGAUGGUUUUAAACAUUGCAGUUGUGUAAAUGAGAUCAGGAAAACAUCCUUUUGGGAAGUAGGACUUCAGCUCCUUUUAUUUUAUCACACUUUGGUUUUGUUUUUUUUUUUCACCCAGAGUCAGGCUUAGCUGUGUAGUUCUAAUUUUAUUUUAGAUCCUGGAAGCCUUUAGAUCAGUCUCCUGUUCAGCAUAUCCUCAACUUCUGCAUGAGGUUUUGCAAGCUGAGUGAGGGUAGUAACCCUUAUAAUCAUCUCCAAAAUCCUCCCCCUACUUUCCCCAUCACUCAGCCUGGGUCCCAAAUUCUAGCUGGCCAAGUUGUUCUGGCAUGUGUGUGGUUGGGGGUUUGGGUAAGGCUCUGUGUUUGUGAUAGCUACUUAGGUUUGUGGAGCAGAAAGCCUGGCUGCAGAGGUGCCACAGUGGACCAAGAACACUGUAGCACAGCAGGCUCAUAUACCACCCUGUUUGUGGAGACUGAAACUCAACUAACUCACUUGGCAGAAGCCCUGCUCCCCAGAGGAGGUGUGUGUGUGGGGGGGAAUCUACAUACUUUCCCCGUGAGCACGAGGUAGAUGCUAUGUUGCAGCAUUUCAAUUGGAUGUGCCACAGGCAAGGGUUGCAUCCAAGCAAACCUGUUUAUUCAAUAAAACUCCCAGAAUGA